AUGCCAACUCAUAACGUUGCCCCGGAGCAUUCUAUACUGGAGGAGAUGCUGAAGGAGGCAGGCAAUGAACCUCACCUAGACAUUCCCUCCCAACCUGUAGGUAUAUGCCUUCCUCCCCGGCAAUUUCUUAACCUCGUCAUCGGUCCCUUCUUUAAGAACACCGAUUACGCCACCGAUCUUUUCGUACGAUCAGCCUUCCAGCCACAAAUUGAUCGAAUUUAUUCCCAGCCCAUAGCUCCUUCUGAUGAAGGCUGGGCCGUAUGCUUCAACGUUAUCGUUCUCCUUGGCAUCCGAAGAGAGCCAUCCGUACAGAGCAAUAGCCACUUUAUCCAAUCUCUUUUUCAAACCAUGAGAAUGGCCAUCAAUAAUCCCCGAGUCUUCUUGACGCCAAGACUUGUCAACGUACAGGCACUUGCUCUUCUAAGUUACCUUGCCGAGCAGUACAGCACAGCAUCGCUUGCAGAACUAGUCUUCGCUCAGGCCUGUUUGUUGGCCCGUACAAUGGGUCUCCAUCAGAGUCGCGCAUCUUCCAAUAAUCUUCCGCCGGAGACCAUACUUGAGAGACAUAAGGUUUUUCAGUCAUUGUACAUCCGGGAUAAGAAUAUUGCGAUACUUCGCGGUUCCACUGCUUGGCUGCCAGGCUACGACUCCGGAAUCUCCUCCUCGUUGGAAACUCAGUCCGAAUCUUCUGACCUCGUGGCCCGCUUAGAGCUAGCCAAGCUCCAAGACGAAGUUUACCAGGCUUUCAACUCUGUCGGUUCCCCCAUAUUGCAGCUUUCAAGACACAGUCAAGGACUAGCACAGUUACAACAGAAACUUGAACAGUGGGCUUCAACUUAUAACAUCAUACAAACCCCACUCAAGUGCGCAGAGUCCGCUGGCCUCAUGUUAUCGUUCUUUGCCACAAGGAUCUGUUUACUCAAAGGUCAUGGUGGCGCAAAGUCCUCUCAGAUAUUUAAGGAUGCCCAAGCCUGCUGUCUUAUUUUUCUGCUGGCCACAGCAGCGAAGAAAGAUCGGCGUUUAUCUGAGGCUCUGAACGAAACAUUAGGUCGCGAUAAGAGAGAAGGCAAACCCAGUACAAAGAAGGCCAAAAGAAAUUCCCAGAGCGAAGGCGGACCGUCCGAGAAUGCCGAGAACAGAAUUUCAGCCCUUCCUCGUCUAGGUGCGACGUUCCCGCUAGCGGCAGCCUUUAUAGUAGCGAAGACCAUCAUACAGGAGCCAAUGGCAGAAGCGGAAGACACCCCUAGCUGGCCAGAAGAGGAAAUCUCACUUUUGGAAUCUCUUCGUGACCAAUUCGCAUUGCUUGCUGAUCAAGCACACAUUGAUAAUCUUGCUUUGAACUUCAGCAAGAUUUUGGAUUUGUUAGUUCGCAUAAUCCUCCAGAAACUAUCUCCAGGACCAAAUAACGCACCCUCUACGGCCUAUAACGAAUUGUCGAACAUUCACUCAGCCACAUCUUCCAGCUCUUUACAUGGCAGUAUUGUAAGCUCUUUCAAAGAUACACCCCCAGGCCCCGAGACCCUUUCAACAGUUAGCUCUAUCAGCGAAGCGAUGUCACAUUCUUCCCUGCUUUUGCCUUAUACUCAACCGCUCGAGACCCCAGCUAGUGGCUCCCCAUGGUUCACAAACGCCGGCCCGGGUAUAGGCAUGGACAGCACUUCAAUGCUUGUGACAUGGCCUAAUCAAAAUAAGCGACAGUCUGAAGAGGUGGAAGCUCCGAUUAAGAAACCACGAAUCGCUUGCCACGACGAGUUCUUGGAUAUUGGUGCAGGGUAUGCUGACCAUGGUUCACGGACUGAUGAUGACGUAUUAUUCACGUUCGACUUUUUGAACACAGGAAAUGAUAUCUCCGUUUUUGAUAUGGAUGAAUAA